AUGAGAAAGCUUCUGCAGUUGAGUUUGCUCACUCUUGAAGUGGCCUACGUCUGUGUCAUUGCCAUAGAAAGUCCUAUGAAUAAACUGGUGGCAGAGACCUUGACACUGCUCUCCACACAUCGCACUCUGCUCAUAGGCGAUGGGACCCUGAGGAUUCCUACUCCUGAACAUAAGAAUCAUCAGCUUUGCAUUGAAGAAGUCUUUCAAGGUAUAGACACAUUGAAAAAUCAAACUGCACCAGGAGAUUCAGUGGAAAAACUAUUCCAAAACUUGUCUUUAAUAAAAGGAUACAUAGAUGACGAAAAAAAAAAGUGUGGAGGAGAAAGAUGGAGAGUAAACCAAUUCCUAGACUACCUGCAAGAGUUUCUUGGUGUAAUAAACACCGAGUGGACAAUGGAAAGUUGAGACUGCCUACUGCAGCACAAGAUUUUGGAGGAGAAAGACAAUUUAUUGUAAUGAGAAUGAGGGCGAGCCAAGGAUAGAAUCUUCAUGCAUGUUCAGAAUAAUUAAACUUCAGUGGUGAAGUAAAUAUUUCUAA